AUGGCAAACAAUAAGAAAAGUUGUUCUUAUAUUUGCCAUAAGUGGUCAUUGUUUGGCUUAUGUUUUGCAUUGGUAUACUUGGAGCUAAUGCUAGUGCUAUUUGCUGUAUUCAUAUCCAAUCAGUCCCCACAUGAGUAUCGGAAAAUAAUAUAUCGCAAGAUAUUAGUCGAGUCCGGCAUUACGGUGCUGUUGGCAAUGUUGGGCGCUAUCGGUGCCUAUCGUGAGAGCUAUUGUCUGACAUCACUGUUCUCGGUAUUUACAACUCUAUCAGUGAUCGCACAGAUAUAUUCAUCGAUAAUAUCGCCGAUAUUCUGGUUCAUUACACUGUUCUUCAUGUUUGUAACAAUGGUUUCAUUUUCAUUUGCUCGACACAUACGGGAACGCCUACUGAAACUGUUAAUUGAACCGCAAUUAGCUUUUGCCAGAGAUAACGGACCACCAUAUGGAGCGACGUUUAAUUCAAUUGUCUUUUCAAAUGAUAACACUUCUAAUAGUAAUAAUUAUAAUAAUAUUGAUGGCUAUAAUAAUAAUAAUAAUCAACAAUUUAUUCAUAUGCAUAAUAUGCCAACAUUUUGUAAGCCACCUCCAUAUGAGGAAAUGCCUCCCUAUCCACCCCCAUAUGAUGAUAAUAGUUCACAAUCAACAAGUGCUCAAAAUUGUGUGACUUAUAUUUGA